AUGUCUGUCGAGCCACCCCGAGUCCGGACUUUGCACAGUAAACGAUCGUUUGGAAAGUAUCCGAGAAUGAUAGAUUCGCCUGCAUAUGAUGCCUCUGAAGAAGAUAACGACCCGCUCACAGAUGACGGUUCUUCCGCCGUCUCUGUCCCGAUUGCCGUUUCUCGUACUCGCGCCUCAUAUCUCAAGCCCUCCUCUGUAUCGCGCACGAAACAACAUCAACUUGCAUCCAACCUCCUCUCCGAUUCUGACGGUGUAGAUUCUCCCACCUAUGACGGAGACGUAGAAUCAAGCACCACAGCUAAUGCAGACACUCACUCGUCUCACAAAGCACAUCACCAUCACCACCAUACGUCCACGUCUACUUUGAGCAACUCAAUCACCCAAGCAUUCACCAUUGCCUCCUCCGCCAGCUCCACACCCAAUGGCGAAUCCAAUUUACAAACCUCCCCCGUCCGAAGCUCAAGUCACCCCGUCUUCAUAUCUCACCCAGUGAACGUUCCGCUCCAUGGUCAAGAAGAACCCGCUGUUGCUCCGGUCUCCCAAGCUGCUUUCAAUCCCGCAGCACUCACUCCAGAAGACAUUCAAGCCUUUGUUCAAAAGGCUAUAAACGGCGAAGAGUCCCGAAAGUACAAAAUAAAUCCUCCCCCCACAGACCGACCCAUUCGUAUCUACGCUGAUGGCGUAUAUGAUCUCUUUCACUUCGGUCAUGCUCUCCAGUUGCGCCAAGCCAAACUAUCAUUCCCGUCUGUGUACCUCCUAGUUGGAGUUAACUCUGACGAACUGGUGCAAACCCACAAAUUUCGCACUGUCAUGACGCACGCUGAGCGACUAGAAGCUGCGCGACACUGCCGUUGGGUAGACGAGGUCGUCAGCGAAGCACCUUGGGUAAUAGACGAGGCGUUUCUCCAAAAGUACGAGAUCGACUACGUAGCGCAUGACGAAGAGGCGUACGCCAGUGCUGGUCAUGAUGAUGUCUACCAGCACGUGAAAAGCCAAGGAAAUUUCAUUCCCACCCGCCGAACCCCCGGCAUAUCCACCUCGGAUCUGCUGGAACGCAUCGUUUCUGGAUACCGCAAACGCGAUUUCGACGAGAAACUUACCAAAAUGGGACAUGCUGAGCUCCGUGCGGAAGGAAGCGACUACGAUGACAGCAGUCGUUAUGCCAGCCGCCGUGAAAGUGGAACCACCAGUCCCGUCCUCCCGAAAAGCGUAGAGUAG